GGAGCGAGAUUUACUCGUUCAACACAUAGUCACCAGCACACACCACAUAUUGUCUCUAACAAAAUAUUAAGACAACAUCUUAGUUGUAAUCCCAUUGUCUCCUCUUUCUUUCUCUCUCAGCUCUCUCCAUUUUGGAGGCCUCGUUGAAUCACAGUUGUCUUUAUCACUUUCUCUCUUUUUUUUUCUCCUCCUCUUUCUAUUAUUUAUCAAAUUUUUCUCUUCUCUGUGUUCUCAAAUUAUUGAAGGUGUAAUAUUAUGUGUCAUCUUCCAAGAUGACAGUGCAUGGGGGGUCUUGGUGAGAAGAUUAUCUAAGCUGGUUUUCUUUGAAAAGAAGAAAAUUGUGUGUGAAAGAAGUAUUCUCGGCCAUGAGUAAUAAUAAUGGGCAUAAGAUGAAAGGGUUGUGUAAAAGUUUCAAAUUCAUCUCCCAAAUCUUCGUUGUGACCAAGGAUCGAGAGAUGGAGAUAGGGUUCCCGACAGAUGUUAAACAUGUUGCCCAUAUUGGAUGGGAUAAUCAAUCUACUAAUGCCCCAAGCUGGAUGAACGAGUUCAGAACGGCAUCGGAAUUCUCGAAUACAUCCCUUAGUUUAGGAGACGCCAAAGACAUUAACCGAGUUAGUGGUACAACAUGGGGUUCUCAAGAUUUUGAGCAAUCAAUGAUUCAACCAGAGUUCGUGAGAGAUUCUUCUGUUCCAACUCCGAGUGACAUUCCAAAGGCUCCAUCAUCAAAGAAACAUAAAAAAGUGAAAAAGAAUAAAUUAUCGUCGACUAAUUCUCCCCGAUCAUCUUCGAAUUCUCCGUCUGCGAGAUCUUCAUCGUCGUCUUCAAGACUAGCUUCUAAAACGAGGUCUACUACAUUGAUGGCUACGGUACAAAUGUAGCACGAAUAUAUCGCGAAACAGGAGUGGACUUGUAUGAUAAUAUAUGAUCCUAGUAAAGCUACUAAUAUACCAUGGGUAACAAAAUGAAAAACUUCUUUCGACAAAAAGGGUGAUGGAUGGAUGGAUGAUGAUAUUCAUUUCAGUGCAGCAUGAAUUUUUUUUUCUCCUUUUAAUAUUGAAAGAAGUUUGGUCACUAAUUUGUUUGUAUAAAUCAAAAAAUUCGAAUUCAUUUUUUCCUUUCUUUUUGGUAAGUAGAUAGUAUUGAGUCACAAAGCAAGUGCAUUUUGCACAGCCACCCUAACGUGUGCUUUGUAUUAUUUAACAGAGAUUAGUACUUGAAAAAUAACUUUCUUGUUAUACUGUACAUAUUUUUUUCCUUCUGUUGGUA